UUUUGUAGGUAAUAGCAUACCUAUACUAUUUGUACGCGUUAUGAUUUUUAUCUAAUGUACUUACAUAAAUUUAAUAUUUAAUUUUUGUGGAAAUUUGCAAAUCUUUUAACCAACACUAUCCAUCAGCUGUGCACGAAAGGUGUGUCACUCACAACUCUCCAAAAAUUAUACGUCUUCCAUUUUCUUUAUAUACGUAAACAAAGAAUACGCCACAACAAAAGUACCGCUAAACAAAGCACCAAAGCAAGCGCACCGCUGACAGUCGCAAAAGCAAUCGAACUUGAAGAAGAAGAAGAAGACGACAAGAAAAGAAAAAAAGGGACGUCAGAGUUAAAAAAAUGUCGGCGCACAGUGGAGGUACGGAUUGGAACUCGGUUGUAAAACCACUUUUAUCAAACCGUACAAGCGCUUUAAAUAAAAAUGAAAUAUCAAAUUUACUAAAAGCGAUUACCAGAUGUGAACAUGAGUUUUUCGAUGAUGAAAGCAACUAUACACAAUAUUACACAGCCUUUGCGGCUCUGGCGGCCGAUAAGAUAAUGCAAAUUAAGUCGAUAUGCCAGACGCAAAUUUCACAACUGCACGAUGCCAGUGCAGUGCUUAUACGUUUCAUACUUUUCCGAUUGCCGAAGGUGUCAGUGUAUGAGAUCAAAUGGCUGUUGGUCGCACUGAAAAUGUUGUGCGAGGGUCGCGAAAGCGUUACCCAAGGUUCGGGCUCGUCCACACAGUUUGAUUAUAAUGCUGUGGCUGCUGUAUUGAAGAGCGCGAAGCAUCCAGAAUCAAAUAUCAAAAGCAUUAGUAGUAGCAGCUGCAGCAGCGUUGCCAGCGGCGCAACUGGAAACGAAAAGGAAUCGCCGAAAUCGGAGAUUAAACGGUCGCGUUCAGAUCUUUCGACAGUUAUACUGCAACAGCUAUUGGCGCCUUUAGAGCCUGGCAAAAUGACAUGGGUGCCAUUGAGUGAGGAGAUCAACGACUGCACUGAACAACUGCUGGCCGCCAAUGUUGAAUACUUUCAAGAACAAAACGGCGUGGACACUUUGCUCGACGUAGGCGUUUGUUUGCCCAUACUCAAUCGCUAUCGGUCGAAAUACCAGGAGACAAUUGUGGGCGGCAAAGCGUUGUAUUUGCCGCUUACGCAAGUGGAGGCUAGCACCGUCAAAUCGGCAAUGGCACAUAUGCUAACCGAUUUAUCCAUAUUGGGGCAAGCACAUUCGUUGAUUGCACUUCAGCCGCUCACGCCGAGUCGCAUCGAGAAGCUUUCAAUGUGCGGCAUUGCAGCGUUGUACAAUGCAGUGCUGACCUCUAUAGCGGCUAGUGUGCUGAGCAUGUGCCAGGCCAGUGGAGGAUCACAGAAACAACAGCCAGCAGCUGCGACAACUAGCCAGGGCAGUGGCAACAACAGUAAUGUUUCGACUGGUGCCAAGGACCACGAUGAUUUCGAGGAACAGGCCUGCACCAUCGUAAAUAAAGCGCUUGAGAUCUACACGAGCAUAGGAGAGAUGUUUAAAGCCUCCGCACGUAUGCAUGUAUAUCAGAAUCAUUUGUGUUAUGGUUCUUGGUUACUUAUUAGUGGCAUACAAGGCGCCAUGGGAGCUUCUGGGAGUAGCAGCAGCAGCAGUGGCACAUCAACUGGCAAAUCUGCAACCAGCACAGCGGAAUCAAAUGUCGCGCCUAGCACGCCCAUAGCGCGUGUUAAUCUGUUUAAGGUGCAACAAGGAUUUGGCGAGCUAAAUGCAGCCAUUGCCAAUCAUAGCAUUAAACUUCUCUCGGAGCUCAUCGAUGAUCUAAAAAUUGAAUCUGCUUGCGGCUCGACCAGCAGCAGUGGAAGUACCAGCUGCCUGGAUAUAGAGCCAGCGCAAUUUGAUAUAUUGCAAAAUUACACUGCUCUACAGCGUAUUGUGCGCGUUUUAAACACAGCCACAUUGCAUCAACUCUUCACCUUCUUGGCCACUGUGGCAUAUCGCAAGGCGUGCACUUUGAAACGUGCCAAUACGAAGGAUCGCACCGAAUGUGAACCAAUUAGCUACUCGGAUUCAACAACAUAUUUUAAUGAUUCACUCUCCUGUUCAGACAAUUCGGAAGAGGAUGACAGCGAAAGCUAUUUGGGCCAUUGGUUUAAGGAGACUCUGUCUCCAGAGACGCAUGAUGAUAAUGCCAAUGCUUGCACUCAGGAGCGCAGCGGAGAGCAGAAAUCCGCACUAGUGCCCAGACUGGAUGAACCACAUGAAUAUCUUGACUUGGCUGCAGAUAUAUUCUGUUUCCUGGAUCAAUUUUUGGCUAAUCGACAUGCCUAUAUGCAGCGCUAUGUUAAGGCGGGCGUUAGUGAUCAGCAAAUGUUGCUCAUGGCGAAUAUUAUUAAAGACUUUGAUCGGGAUGUUAUGCGUCAGGAGGCAGGUGGUAAUUCUAGUGGUGGUGGCGAUGGCAACUGUUCCAAUUGGCAAUCGGCAAUGAUUCGCUUUUCGGGCGCUGCCGGACGUUAUAUACACAAUUUGAUCUCGACAUCGUUGCUCUCGGAGCAGCUGCAAUCUAAUCUGCUGCAACAUUUGGCCAUUUCACCGUGGUCCACAGAUACCAAUAGUUGGCCACUGCAAGUCUAUCCCAGCACUCUAUCCGUGCUGGUGCAGAUUUUGUUGCUGAAGCCGACGCAGGAAAAGGAGGCAGCCUGUUUGUCCGUAUGGCAUCGUCUUAUUAACACGCUGGUUGAGGGCGUUUGCUCGUCUGCUAAUGCCAGUGAUACGGACUACGAGGACUUGAAUAUUGAACACGCUCAGCUAUUGCUCUUCUUGUUUCACUCACUUAAUCUGAUGCAGAAGAAAUCAAUAUUAUUGCUCACUGCUGGCGGUGUCAUACGCUGUGCCGAUGUCUGCCGCGGUAUCAGUUCGGAGCGUCCUGUACGCAAUAGCCAAAUGAUGUUGCUCUCGCGCCUUUUGCUCUUCCUCGAGUAUCUAAUGAAGCAUCUGUACAAUGCGCCACCUGAGUUGCUCGAUCAGGUUCGCUGGAAUCUGUUUAGUGUCAGCAGUAUGCCAGAUACGCAAAAGAUUACAGACUUACUUAAUAGUCGAACCAAAUUGACGUCCUAUUGCCGCCAGGAUAUUGAGGAAAAGUUUCGCAAUUGCACUGUGGGCGAUCUCAGCUCAAGCAUUCGUCCCACUUUUUAUUCCUUGGUCACUGCGGAUUCUUCAAAACCCCAUUGGGCCCAGGAAUUCAAAUUAGAUGGCUUAGCCUGGAAUUUUAUAUUGUGCACGCCAGAUAAACUAAAGUAUCCUUUGCUAGUGGAUGCACUUAUUGAUAUACUAGCUAUUACGGAUAUGUCUGCUUUUACUAAGGAUAAGGACAAUCUGCAUAAUCUAUGUGCCAUGCAGUAUUGCUUUAGCAUCACAUGGAAGCUUCUUCUUGGCCUUCCACCUUCUACAUCACAUGUGGAGUCACUUAAAACGGAACGUGUACCCAAUUUACAUUCAUUGCUUUGGAGCAUACGCUGUCCUUUAGCCUACUCGCAUUAUCUGGUCGUCAACAGUCUCAUCAAGCAGGGCAUGUACACACAGUACGCAGAGUCAUUGUGGGCACAGGUGGGCGAUCGCACUGCAGAUAUACGCUACAGCCUAAAGCAGACAGUGCUGGGUGUGGAGGCCUUCAAUAAGCAACUUAGCAAAGCUUCACCAAAUCCUCGUCUUUCUGAUUUAAUUCUGUUCGAUGCACUGAUUGCACACAUGCAGGCUGUGGCUUGGGCUGAUAAGGAAGGCUACAAGGUGCAGCGCAAGGAAAGUGAUAGCGACAGCAUCACAUCUGAGAGUCGCGAACGGGAAAAUUCAAGCGCUGCCACCGACCCGGAGGUUUACUCCUCGAGUGAGUCCAUUGAUGAGCAACAAUCGAAGCUAACAGAGGACAGUAUACUCACACCAGGUGAACUGCUCGAGCGUACACAGUUAAGCAAUGAGCUGUUAGUUAAACUAAUGGAAUCCUACACACUCAUAUCGAAUAUUGUAUGCGCUCAGAUGCUUAAACAACUAUCGAGCACUACUCCGGAGCAGGCACUCAAUCUCAUAGUGCCUGUGGUGAGCGAUAAGCCAGCAAUUAUGUUGGAGCUGCAUGCAGCUUUCCUUAAGCUUCUGCCCAAUGAGGAUAAACAGUUAAUAGCUAAUGAAUGGCCCAAGUGUCUGUUGGUCAACGACGAAGCCUUCAAUGGCAAACAGCAUCCGGUCGAACCGUACACAUUGAAUGUCAUAGAUGCUCACAUCACAGAGUUAACCAAAUCCUCGACUUAUACCACGCUCCAUACGCUAAAGCAUUGCUUGAAAUCCAUUUUAAAUCUAUUGGAGCUGCUGUUGUCCUUCUGUACGACAAUUGGGGAUGUGGAGGCGCAGUUGAAACCAAUGCUUAUUGCAUCAAUGAUGGAUAUGCGCACCGAUUAUCUGCAGAGCCAGAGUGAGCAAUGUCUGCGGGAAAUUCUUCAUGGCCUGACCAACGAGGCGCAUAAACAACUGCUCUUCGAGCACAUGAUCGGACACUGUUAUCAAAUGUUGAUUGACUUUGCUGCCGAACUGAAACAGCAGCCAACUGAAGCUGUUGUUGCUGAACAGGAACAACGUGCUUUAUUCAACGAGUCCAUGUUGUUUGCUGUUCUCAAGACAAUGAUCAAAAUGCUGGAUGUACCAACCGCUGUACAGGCAAUGCGGCAGUUCUUUAAGGAACAGCGCGCAGGUAGCUUAACCACAUUGUUGCUUUCCUUCACGGGUACUACAUUGCCUUUAAGCUAUGCACGCAAGAUGCUGCAGUUUGUGGAGCGUCUGUUUGAGCAUGCAGCUGGACCAGACGCGCAUUUUCUGCAUGAGGAAUUGGUUGAAUGCUUUGCCGAGUUGGCUAGCGUGGAUGUGGCACGUCUCAAGCUGUGGCUGGCCCACAUAAUCUAUGGUCCCAAUGUCGCGCCUAAUAAUAGCAGCUGCGAGGCAUCGUGUAAGUUGCUGACCAGUAUAAUGCAGCCGUCGAGCAGCUCGAGCAGCAAUGCACAAACUCCAACGAAUAUGGCCACUGUAUCGGCCAUGCCCAGCAUAUCGGAUCAGCUGGAUGCCAUGGAUAUUGAUCAUGAUUGCGCGGGCUCCGGCAAUGCAGCGCCUAAUACGUCCCAAAUCUUGAGUCUCUGGCAGGGCAAUAAUCAGCCCAAUAAUCAAUCCGAGGAUUCUUCACAGGCAUGUGAUCAACAGAAUAACGGCACUCAACCACGCAAUGGAGCCUUAUUACUUAGUUUUGUUAAGUCGUUGGUGCGAGAGCAGCCAGCAGCUGCACAGCUGGCUCCGCCAUUAUUCCAGGCCUUGCUGCAGCUGGGACAGACGUUGAUAACGCCGCCGCAGGAUGGUUGUGAUUUUGCUGAUGUCCUACAGAUAAUGAUAACACUAGCGGAUGCAGCUCCAGCACGUGGUCAUGUUGCGCUGUUCAAUACCACGUUACUCUGGCUGGAGUUGGCUAAGCUGGAGCUUGCAAAACUACAGCUACGUCAUGCGGAGAAUGUGAGCGCUUUGUUACGUUACCUUAGCGAACUGCUGCAGGGAAUUGGCUAUCGGGGCAGUCGGCAGCAUAUGCCACCAUGGGACGAUGAGCUACAAUCGGACAUUGAUGAACUAUACGAUGAGUUGGUCGAUGAGCAACAAGAACAGGACUCAUUGCUGGAUGACUCUGAUGAAGAUACGCUCAAUAAUAAACUGUGUACGUUCUCGCAAACUCAGAAAGAGUUUAUGAAUCAACAUUGGUAUCAUUGCCACACUUGCAACAUGAUCAACACUGUUGGCGUUUGCUCUGUUUGCGCUCGCGUCUGUCACAAAGGUCACGAUGUCAGCUAUGCUAAGUACGGCAAUUUCUUUUGUGACUGUGGCGCCAAAGAGGAUGGCUCUUGCCAAGCUCUUAGUCGUCGUCUGCCCACCAGCGGUUGCGAUACUCGUGACGGUUACGUCUCGGCUCAUAUGAGCCUUUUGGCUGCCGGCAAGAAGCGUCAGUCGCCGCCCACGCAGAUACGCAAAGAUUCGCUAAGCAAUGAGCGCAUUGCGCUACUUGGCAAGUUGCUGGAGCCGCACCGUGAAGCAUUGCAGCAUCCAGAUCAAUGGCUGCUUGUCGUGCGCUGCAUUCUCGAGUAUUUCGAUGUGCUACUACCUUCAAUACGGGAGAAUUGCACUCUAUACUCAAUUGUUGGUUGUCACAAACGUGCAACAGUCGCGCUCGAGCGCCUACAUCAACUUGAUCAGAGUUUCCAGAUCACAGAUCAGUUAAUGUUUGCCACACUGGGCUCGCAGGAAGGCGCCUUUGAAAAUGUGCGCAUGAACUACUCCGGCGACCAGGGUCAGACAAUUAAACAUCUCAUAUCGUCAGGUGUAGUGAGACGCGUCGCAUUUUGCUGUCUGUCUUCGCCACAUGGAAGACGUCAACAGCUGGCGGUAUCCUAUGAGAAAGGAAAGGUAACCAUAUUGCAGCUGUCUGCGCUACUUAAGCAAGCGGAUGCCUCCAAGCGUAAGCUAACGCUGACACAGCUCAGUUCAGCGCCCAUAGCGUGCACCGUUCUCUCGCUGGCUGCCAAUCCCUGCAACGAAGAUUGCUUGGCUGUAUGUGGCUUGAAGGAAUGCCAUGUGUUGACCUUCUCCAGCAGCGGCAGCACCAAUGAGCACAUUGUAGUCACACCUCAAUUGGACAAUGGCAAUUACAUUAAGAAGGCUGUCUGGCUGCCGGGUUCCCAAACGCUUCUAGCUUUGGUUACCUCCGAUUAUGUGAAGAUCUAUGAUCUGGCAUUGGAUGCAUACAGUCCGAAGUACUAUUAUCUUGUGGCGGUGGGCAAGAUACGUGACUGCACCUUUAUUUACCAGGAGGGCGAAUAUUAUAUGUUGACCUUCGCCAGUAGCGGUUAUAUAUAUUACCAGACGCUGGACGAACAGAGUCUAGCCGUGCAUGGAGAUUUUUAUGUGACAAAUACGCUUGAGCUGAGUCAUCAUCAUAUCAAGGAUGUGAACGGACAGGUUGGCGGUGGCGGUGUCUCUAUUUACUACUCACACGCGCUGCAAUUGCUCUUCUAUAGCUACGCAUCGGGUCGAAGCUUUGUCUCCCCCCUAACAAAUGUGAAUCACGGCGUUAAGGGCAUUUACCAUCUGGAUACGAAUUCGGCUGUUAGCAAAUCUUCGUCGAAAGGCCCACUCCAACCACUGGUUCAAUGGACCGAGGUGGCUGGACAUCCAGGACUCAUUUACGCCCAUAUGCAAACCUCAAACAAUCCAAUUAUAUUGAUGCUCACACCGGAAUUGAUAUACAUGCAGGAGAUCAAGGCUCAAUCGGCCAAGUCACGUAUCAUGGAUGUGGUGGGCAUACGUCACUCUGUAGCCGGCACGGAAAAAACAACACUGCUUCUGCUCUGCGAGGAUGGUAGCCUGCGCAUAUUUUCACCCCAGCCUGAGUUAACUAGCUUCUGGUUAUCACCACGCGUCCAACCAUUGGGCAAUCAACUUUACUCUGCCACUUUGCUGGCCAAGAGUGGCACCACUUUGUCUGCUGGUAGUCCAAAGUCGGGCAAGCCUAGCAAGUUGCCACGAAAAUCCGGUGCUGGUGGUGUCGCUGUUGGCGUUGCUGGUAGCCAGCAAAAGCAGUUGACAUCGGGCGGAGUACCCGUUUUUCCCAUUGACUUUUUCGAGCAUUGCAAUAUGUUGGCCGAUGUGGAAUUCGGUGGCAAUGAUUUGCUUCAGAUAUACAAUAAGCAAAAGUUAAAGACACGUCUCUUCUCAACGGGCAUGUUUGUGGCCAGCACAAGAGCUAAUGGAUUCACUCUAGAGGUGCUGAACAACGAUCCAAAUGUGGUUAUGGUUGGCAUACGCGUUCUACUGGGCACGCAGGACACACAACGUGCUCCUCAGUCAGUGAGCAUAUUGGGUAGGACAAUUGCAACGCCUGUGCGACGUGCUCGCUGGUUUGAUAUACCCCUGACGCGUGAGGAGAUGCUACAGUCGGAUAAGUUGCUGAAGGUAUGCUUUGCCAAGUCGCAAGAUCCGGAACAUGUGACACUGCUCGAUUGCAUUGAGGUUUAUGGCAAGUCGAAGGAGCUUGUCGGCUGGCCAGAUGAUAGUGAGGAGAUGCCUGCUACAGCGGGCGGCGCCAGUGCAGCCACAGCUGUUGCUUCACCAGCUAGUUCAGCAAACUUUGGCGAGGGCUUCAAUUGCAUCACCCAACUCGAUCGCAUGUGUACUCAUCUGCUGGAGGUACUGGAUUGUGCGCUUCAUUUGCUUGGCAAUGGAGGCGCCGUGGCAGUUGCCAUGCGUCAAAAGGCGGUGAAGACAGCCAGCGCUUUGUUGCUUUUACCAACACCGAAUCCCGUGCAGACCCAAGCACGUUAUGUGCUGGCGACAUUGUAUGGCAGUCGUGGCUCUUAUCAUGCCUACAAGGAUAGCGUUUUACUGCAAUUUGUGCACAGUGAACUGCAGGCAAUGCAGCCGAAGUUAACCCAAUUGGACACUUUACAGGACAUAGAUCCGGAGGCAUUUUAUCGUCUGAUAUUGCUCGUUCGUGGAAUUGCCAAUGCUCGGCCACAAUCGCUGGCCAAGAUUUGUGCCGAGUGCAACUACGAUAUUGUGCCCGCUCUAAUGGCCAUUGUCUUGGAGCUUCAUAAGGUAACCCCUGCGCUGGAUGAACCAACGAAUAUUGUGCGCCGCGGUCUUUGCCAGCCAGAGACGAUUGUCCACUGUCUAGUGGAGAUUAUGUAUGGAUUUGCAUUGGCCGAUGCGAGCCAAGUGGGGCGCAUGACAAAGUAUUUCAUUGAGCUGCUGAAGCAUGACGCGAGCGUAAUUAGCCAUAGUGCCAAGGAAGCGCUCAUUUUGUUACUUAGUCCGCGAAUCAAGCGAAGGAAGGUGGCUAUUGUGACAACACCGCCAGCUUGUUCGACACCCACGCCGUCGGCUUCGGCCAUUAGCAGCAGCAAUUUGAGCGCUUUGCAGGGUGCUGCAUCUCAGGCGGCCAGCGAUAUAAUUGAGGAAGCGGCCGCAGCGGCUGUGGAUGCAUCUGCUGUCGUUAGCGCCGACGCCAACGCACUCCUUGAAGCAGAUCCAGCGGGCGUUAAUCAGCAACAACAGCAGCAGCAGCUGCUCAAUCUGGAAGCGUUUAUGGGCGGCGGUUUUCCUCGCUUGCUUGGCUUGCCGGAAGAUGCCGACGAUGAGGCCAUUAUGGACAUUGCCAUAGCGUUGAGUCUGCAGCAGCAUGGCGGCGAUGCGAAUGCAUUGCAAUCCCUGCAACAGGGUUUGGCUAACCUACAGGGAAUACGGCUGGCAGCAGCAGCUACAGCAAAUGUGGCGGCCAGCGGCGAUGCAGCCGGUUCCGAUGAUGAUGAAGGCUCUAAUGUGGCCACCGAUGGCUCCACGCUGCGCACAUCACCCGCUGAACCAGCGGGCAGCGGCGGCUCUGAAAGCGGUGGCAGCGGUGUCGAAAGUAUUGGUGGCACUUCGGCGCGUAGCAGUAACUUUGGCGAUCAUGCGAAUGCCUCGCCCCCACGCCAAAGCAAAGAUCAGGAACAAGAGCAGCCGGGCACAAGCAGUGGCUGCGUUGCAGCGCUCAGCGCCAUGAGCAGUAGCGAAGACAAUGAGAUAAACGAGGAUGAGAAGCUGAGUAAACUACAUGAUUUGAGGAUUGCUGUGUUGGAGAGCAUUAUUGAACAUUUGAGUACAUUUGACCUGUGCAAUGGCCUGCAAGCUAUACCGCUCAUUCAGGUGAUACUGAUGCUGACCACAGAUUUGAAUGGCAACAAUGAAAGGGACCAGCAAGUGCUGCAGGAUCUGCUCGCCGCCCUUGUGGACUACGUGGAGAUUGGCAAGCGAGGCGUAGCCACCAAGAUGGAAACCAAGUGUCCUGGUAAUGAGGUGCGACUCGCGCUACUUUCGCUAUUUGGCGUCAUGAUGGGCAAGACUAAAUCGAAGCAAACGGGCACCACUUCGCCGCCACAUCAGUUCAAGGAUAACAGUUCUUUUGUGGCCAGCACUACGGCGAAUGUAUUAAGCAAAAGAGGUGCGUUUGUUUACGCUCUCGAAGCACUCAAUACGCUACUGGUCCAUUGGAAGCAAGUGCUGGGAGAUCCCUAUGCUGCUGGUGGCUCUGGCAUUACUCAACCGGCAGGUGGAAACGUGGGUGGAACGGGCACAGCGGGACAGCUAUUGAAGCCCAUUAUGCAUGGACCCAAGCCGGAUAUAUCGAUUUUGAUACCACAUAACUAUUUGAAGAACUAUCCGGACAUCUUUGAGUCGUAUGAUGCACUGCUCACAGAGAUUAUUGUGCGUCUGCCAUAUCAGAUAUUGCGUCUGAGCAGCGCUCAUCCGGACAACUAUGAUAGCGGUUUCUGCGAGGCGAUGACCUUUACGCUCUGCGAGUAUAUGAUGCUUAAUCUGAAUGCGCUGCUGCGUCGCCAGGUACGCAAACUACUGAUGUACAUCUGUGGAAGCAAGGAGAAGUUCCGCAUGUAUCGUGACGGACAUUCGUUGGAUGCCCACUUCCGGGUGGUUAAACGUGUAUGCAGCAUUGUCAGCACCAAGAACGGUGCUCCUUAUAAUGCUAAUCCACCAAUGCUCAGCUAUGACGCUUUGGUGGAGCUAACCGAACAUUUGCGCACCUGUCAAGAGAUUAGUCAAAUGCGAACCGGCAAUUGGCAAAAGUUUUGUGUGGUUCAUGAGGAUGCUUUGGCCAUGCUAAUGGAGAUCGCCUGCUAUCAACUGGACGAUGGCGUCUCACCCAUUAUCAUUCAGCUUCUUCAAGCAGCCGUUUGCAAUAUACCACAGCCCAUGACAGGCAUCAAGCAGCAACAACAGCAGCAGCAAUCGCAGCCAAUCUCAACCAGCAGUAAGCUGCGUGGUGAGCGUGAGAAGAGCGAGGAUACGGAUACUGCAUACUAUUCAAAAUUCGAUCCGGCUCAGUGCAGCACCUUUGUCCACCAAAUCUUUCGCUAUGCCAGCGAUGCGCUCAUAAUACGCUUUGUGCGCAUCUUUUUGCUAGAAAACAAUGUGAGUCAACUGCGCUGGCAAGCGCACUCCUUUAUGACAGGCCUUUUCGAGCAUGCGAACGAGCGUCAGCGUGAGAAGUUGCUUAGCAUCUUCUGGAAUUUGUGGCCUUUGGUGCCCAGCUAUGGCCGCCGCACAGCGCAGUUUGUAGAUCUGCUUGGUUAUCUAACGCUAAGCACGAGGAGCAUUACGGAUCGCUUGCCGGAGUUCGUUUCUCGAGCAGUUGAGGUGUUACGUCAGCAAAAUGAGCUGCUCUGCAAGCAUCCAAAUGCGCCCAUCUAUACCACUCUGGAGUCCAUAUUGCAGGUUAAUGGUUACUACCUGGAAUCAGAGCCUUGUCUGGUGUGUAACAACCCGGAGGUGCCCAUGGCCAAUAUUAAGCUGCCCUCGGUCAAGUCGGACUCCAAAUAUACAACCACUACCAUGAUCUAUAAACUGGUGCAGUGCCACACCAUCUCGAAGCUAAUUGUGCGCAUCGCCGAUCUCAAGCGCUCCAAAAUGGUGCGCACCAUAAACGUCUACUACAACAAUCGCAGUGUACAGGCCGUUGUGGAGCUUAAGAAUCGUCCAGCGCUGUGGCAUAAAGCACGUUCCGUCUCGUUGCAAUCGGGGCAAACGGAGCUCAAAAUUGAUUUCCCUCUACCGAUUACUGCUUGUAAUCUAAUGAUCGAAUUUGCGGACUUCUACGAGACGGUCAGCGGUUCCAGUGAGAAUUUGCAAUGUCCACGCUGCAGUGCAGCGGUGCCAGCGUAUCCUGGUGUUUGCGGCAACUGUGGCGAAAAUGUGUUCCAAUGCCACAAAUGUCGUGCCAUCAACUACGAUGAGAAAGAUCCGUUCUUGUGCCACUCGUGCGGCUUCUGCAAGUAUGCCAAAUUUGAUUUUAGCAUGUAUGCACGGGUCUGUUGUGCAGUGGAUCCGAUUGAGUCGGCCGAGGAUCGAGCGAAGACGGUACAACUAAUACAUAGCUCGCUGGAGCGUGCCGAUCGCAUCUAUCGCCAACUGUUGACCAACAAACAAAUGCUCGAGCUGCUCAUCCAAAAGGUCGCGGAGCAUCGUAGCAGCGAUCGCCUUGUCGAGGAUAAUAUGGGCAGCGUACAUAGCACCUCGCAAGUGAACAAGAUCAUCCAGCUACUCGCCCAGAAAUAUUGCGUAGAGUCGCGCACCAGCUUCGAGGAACUCAGCAAGAUUGUGCAAAAGGUUAAGGCUUGUCGCAGUGAACUGGUUGCUUAUGAUCGCCAGCAGCAGGAUCAGCCGUCAGCGAGCAUGCCUUCUGGCAUUGAAACGAAUCUUACAACAAAUCGGUGCUACGGUUGCGCUUUGGCUUCCACGGAGCAGUGCCUUACGCUGCUGCGAGCCAUGGCAUAUAACUACGAUUGCCGUGUGGGUCUGUACAGUCAGGGCUUGGUCAGUGAACUUGCCGAGCAUAAUUUGCGUCGCGGCACACCUCAAAUUCAAGAGGAGGUACGCAAUCUGCUCGUUGUGCUGACUAAAGAUAAUGCCGAAGCGUGCAUGCAUCUGCUGCAACUGGUUACGACACGUGUCAAGAAUGCGUUAAUGGGCGCAAUACCCUUAAUUAGUUUGGAGGCUGCUGUGCAUCAGGAAAUGACGUUGCUAGAGGUGCUGCUCGGACAAGAUGAUGUUUGCUGGGAAUACAAGCUGAAGGUUAUCUUUGAGCUAUUCAUCAGCAAUUGUCGGUUGCCCCGUGGUCCUGUGACAUCGGUACUCCAUCCUUGCCUGCGCAUCAUGCAGAAUUUGAUUUGUCCUGCCUUACCCAGCGCUGGCAAGAACAACAACAACAAUCAACCACAGCAGCAGCAGCAGCAGCAACAACAACAACAACAACAACAACAACAGCAACAGCCGCAACAGCAACUGGGCCCCACGGAGCUGUGUAGCAUUAAAUUGCUUGAUGGCAACACAAUUGAUUAUCGUGCCUGGCUAAGUUCCGAUCGUAAUCACGAUUAUAGUGCUUGGAGCAGUCGCAUGCCAACCAAUAAAUAUCAACGGCAAGAAGGAGGCAAACAGCAGCAGCGUAGCAACAGCAACAACAUCAGCAACAAGCAACAAACGCAGGUUGGUGAUGCACCACUAAAGGGCGGGCGACGUGCUGAAGUCCGUGCUGCCUUUUUGUCAGAGAAGUAUGGACAUCGCUGGCGUCAACAGGUGCUGGACAAGGAAAAAGUGAUUAAGCCGCUCGUAUUCAAUGCUAAAUGGAUACAGCCGCUGCUAUUUAACGCGAACUCUCGUUUCGGUCGCCAGUUGGCAUGUUCGCUGCUCAGCGGCUUGUGCCGUACCAGUGAACGGAAACAGCAAGCGCUUAAUAUGCUCACCGGCUUCCUGCGGCAUGUGGGCGAGGCAGGAGAGGCAAGUGCCGAGUACUUAACUCUGUAUCGCAGUGUAGCCACAGAAACGCCUUGGCUGCAGUAUCUGGUUUUGCGUGGAGUUCUAGGCGAAAUCUCGCAGCUCUUGGCGGUGGAGAUUGGUAAAAUUCAUCGCAUGGAGGAACAUUCAUUGUCCUCGGAUCUCUCACUGGGCUAUGCUCUACGCCAGUAUGUGGAGCUGCUGUGGCUGUUCCUUGAGUGUCCCAACAUCAGGCGCACCUACAAGACGCGUCUGUUGGGUCCCGUGCUGGAGAGCUAUUUGGCUUUGCGUAGUCUUGUUGUGCAGCGGACACGUCUGAUCGAUGAUGCGCAGGAGAAGCUGUUGGAAAUGCUGGAGGAGAUGACUAGCGGCACUGAAGAAGAGACGCGCGCCUUUAUGGAAAUUCUGAUCGAUACUGUGGAAAAGACGCGGAUGAAUGAUAUCAAAACGCCGGUAUUCAUAUUUGAACGUCUCUACUCGAUAAUACAUCCCGAGGAGCAUGAUGAGAGUGAAUUCUACAUGACACUGGAGAAGGAUCCACAGCAGGAAGAUUUCCUACAGGGACGCAUGCUUGGUAAUCCAUAUCCUUCCAGCGAAGUAGGCUUGGGUCCGCUGAUGCGUGAUGUGAAAAAUAAAAUCUGCACUGACUGCGAACUGAUUGCGCUACUGGAGGAUGAUAAUGGCAUGGAGCUGCUAGUGAAUAACAAGAUAAUUAGCUUAGAUCUGCCUGUGAAAGAUGUCUAUAAAAAGGUCUGGUUAGCCGAAGGCGGAGAUCGUGAUGCCAUGCGCAUUGUGUAUCGAAUGCGCGGUCUGUUGGGCGAUGCCACCGAGGAAUUCGUGGAGACGUUGAAUAACAAGAGCCAGGAGCAGGUGGACACCGAGCAGUUGUAUCGUAUGGCCAAUGUUCUGGCCGAUUGCAAUGGCCUGAGGGUCAUGCUCGAGCGGAUUGGCAGCCUACAGCGCAUCUCACGCCAGCGUGAACUAAUCCAAGUGCUACUCAAGCUAUUCCUCAUCUGCGUUAAGGUGCGCCGCUGUCAGGAGGUUCUGUGCCAGCCUGAAGUGGGAGCUAUCAAUACACUGCUAAAGGUGCUUCAGAUGUGUUUGCAAUCGGAAAACGAUUCAAUACAAUCUGCUGUAACGGAGCAACUGCUCGAGAUUAUGGAAACGAUACUGUCCAAGGCUGCCAGCGAUACGCUCGACUCUUUUCUGCAAUUCUCGCUAACCUUUGGUGGGCCAGAAUAUGUGAGCGCUCUUAUCUCCUGCACCGAUUGUCCAAAUGUGCGCAAUAAUCCAUCUGUGUUGCGCCAUCUCAUACGCGUCCUUGCGGCGCUCGUCUACGGCAACGAGGUGAAAAUGGCGCUGCUCUGCGAACACUUCAAGCAUACUCUUGAUUUUAAUCGUUUUGACAACGAGCGCACCACCGAGGAGGAAUUUAAGUUGGAGCUAUUCUGCGUACUAACGAAUCAAAUUGAGCACAAUUGCAUUGGCGGUACUCUGAAGGAUUAUAUCGUUAGUCUGGGUAUUGUGGAGAGCGCAUUGGCUUAUAUUACGGAACAUGCGCCAUGUGUUAAGCCCACACUACUGCGCACGGAUUCCGAUGAACUGAAGGAGUUUAUUUCGCGACCAAGCCUGAAGUACAUUUUGCGCUUUCUAACUGGCCUGGCUAAUCAUCAUGAGGCCACCCAGUUGGCCAUAAGCAAGGACAUAAUACCCAUUAUACAUCGCCUGGAGCAGGUGUCCAGUGACGAACAUGUUGGGAGUCUGGCCGAGAAUUUGCUCGAGGCACUCAGCACAGAUGCGGCGACGGCAUCGCGUGUCCAACAGGUGCGAGACUUUACACGUGCCGAGAAAAAACGGCUAGCGAUGGCUACGCGUGAGAAGCAGUUGGAUGCGCUGGGCAUGCGAACUAAUGAAAAGGGUCAGGUCACGGCUAAGGGCUCCAUACUGCAAAAAAUCGAGAAACUGCGCGACGAGACGGGACUUACCUGUUUCAUUUGUCGUGAGGGCUAUGCGUGUCAACCGGAGAAGGUGCUGGGCAUCUAUACGUUCACCAAACGCUGCAAUGUCGAGGAAUUUGAACUGAAGUCGCGCAAAACGAUUGGGUACACCACCGUGACACACUUCAAUGUGGUGCAUGUGGAUUGUCACACGUCGGCCAUACGCUUAACGCGCGGCCGCGAUGAAUGGGAACGUGCCAGCCUGCAGAAUGCCAACACUCGCUGCAAUGGCCUGCUUCCACUCUGGGGUCCAGCUGUCGGGGAGGCUGCCUUCUCUGGCUGCAUGACUCGACACAGCAGCUACAUGCAGGAGAGCACUCAGCGAUGCGACAUCUCGUACACGAGCAGUGUGCAUGAUCUGAAGCUGUUGUUGGUGCGUUUCGCUUGGGAACGCAGCUUCCAUGAUGACGCUGGCGGCGGUGGUCCACAAUCAAAUAUGCACUUUGUGCCCUACCUGCUCUUCUAUGCGGUCUAUUUGCUGCUCUCCUCACGAUCCGCUGCACGGGAUAGCAAAACAUUGCUUAACUAUUUGACAGCUGCGCCAUCAGAUAAAUGGUUGGAAUGUGGUUAUGAGGUGGACGGACCACUCUACAUGUUAACCAUAUCGCUGUCACUGCACAGUCGUGAAUUGUGGAAUAAGCAUAAGUUGGCGCACUUGAAGCGUCUGGUGGCUGUGGCUCAGGCACGACACGUAUCACCGUCGGUGUUGUGCAAAGCGCUGCUGUCGCCGGCAGAUCGACAGGCCAAAGAUUAUAGCGUAUAUAAGCCGUUCCUUAUGAUGUGGGCACUUGUUGAUUUGAUCUACAAUACGCUCUUCAAGACGGUGAGCACCGUCAAGGAGGAGGACUGGCCCGCAUCCCUAUUUGAAUACAUACGCAAGAAUGAUGAGGCCAUGCUUAAGUCAACGGAUAGCAUACUGCAAACAUUGACGGAUGAGUUCUUGCCGUGCACCUCAUUUGGCGAGUUCUGCGAUGUGGCGGGUCUUCUCAAUCUAAUCGAGCAGCCGGAGAGCUUCAUUGAAGAUGUGCUCGGCGCCCUGCCCACCACCACCAGCUCUAGUUAAAUUUAAAUGCAGUUCUCACCAUAUUUACAUGGAUACCAACUGAACAUGAAAUCGGGUUUAGUUGCUGCUAUCCAUUAAUAAGCAUAUAUCUAUGCAUAAACUUAUAUUUAUCACCUAAAACUAUUUAAUCAAUAAAAUUAUUCGUUUGCACAAUGAAAGAAAAUGGACACAGAAACAAUUAUUCAUGAGUUAUC